AUGAUUUCUUCACAUGCCCUCUGUCUCUCUCUAAAACGCAUCUGUUUAUAUAUCUAUUCAUACCUCUCUCUCGCUAGGUUUAUCUAUCUAUCUAUCUAUCUAUCUAUCUAUCUAUCUAUCUAUCUAUCUACAGUCUGUUCAUAUCUAUCUAUCUAUCUAUCUAUCUAUCUAUCUAUCUAUCUAUCUAUCUAUCCCAAUCUCAGCAGCCUGCCUAUCUAUCUAUCUAUCUAUCUAUCUAACUAUCUAUCUAUCUAUCACAGUCUGUCCAUAUCUAUCUAUCUAUCUAUCUAUCUAUCUAAUUUGCCACUGUCACCCUCUACGUGCCUAAUGUUCUUCCCUAAUAUAUCUCUUGCAUAUAUUAUUUAUAUAUAUAUUUACAUGUAUCUCUACAUCUUCACAAAAAUUUUAUUAUCGCUAUGCAUAUCUAUCUAUCUAUCUAUCUAUCUAUCUAUCUAUCUAUCCGACACUUCUACGGGCCUAAUUUUCUGCCAUGAUAUAUUUAUUCAAAUGUAUCUCUCUACCUAUUCAUACUUAUCGCAAUAUCCUUAUUCAUAUUCAUCUAUCUAUCUAUCUAUCUAUUUAUCUAUCUAUCUAUAA